AUGCCGUCGCCCCAGACCAUUCGUCGCGUCGCCAUCACCGGAGCCGUCGCCUCCGUCACGGCCAUGGGAGCUUGGUAUGGAGCGGGGCUGAAGACGCAGCAGGACUACCAAGAGGUACGCGCGCGCCAAGUCGUCUACGAGCUCCCCGUCGAAGAGCGCAUCGCCGGGCUGGAAACGAAACGCGCCCGCCUGCUUACCCAGAAGUCGGAUCUGGAGGCCAAGAUCGCCCAAGUCGAAGCCAAACGCUCUGCGACUGGCGCGUAG